ACGUUUAGAAAUUCGAUUCCGACUAAGCGUAAACUUCUUGAUUGAUUUUAUUCUGUUCACUUUAUUUUAAAUUUUCUUGUGAGCUUAGAAUACGUUGAAGUAAUUUCUUACAGAUUUUGAUUCUAACUAAACCGCUCGUUUAUUAAUAAUGGCAGAUCGAUUGACCCAGUUGCAGGAUACGAUUAAUCAGCAAGCAGAACACUUCUGUAACAGCAUCGGCGUCCUUCAACAAUUCUCAUCGCCGAGUAAAUUCCCGGGUUUCGAUCGCAGCGGUUCACAAACGCCACAACAGCAACAAAAUCAGGAAGACUAUGCGAUGCUAUUUGCGACACUGAUAUCUCGAUGUGCUAAGGAUAUCGAUACUCUUAUCGAGUCAUUGCCAAGUGAAGAAAGUUCAACAGAGCUGCAGGUUCAAAGUCUGAAGCGUUUGGAAGCUGAAAAUAAAGAAGCCGCGGAACAAUUAGAGGAGGUAGUCCGUCAAGGAGAGAUACUCUUAGAGAAAAUACAAGGAGCCCUAAGUGACAUCGCCCAAUCCCAGCUAGACAUGCAGAACCCUCAGCUCAUACUCAAUAAGGAUAUAAAGCCCCAAUUAUAGAAAUUAAAGCCUGUAUAUAAUAUUAGCAUUUCAGAAAAUGACUUAUUGUCUACAUUUAGGUAGUAAAUAUCAGCUGUAUUAUUAAAAUCAUAUUAAACAGUACUAAUAUAAAAUUGUCAUGAAUAACCAAAAAGGUCUUAUAUAUACCAUACUGUUUGUCGUUUGAACCUUUUAGUGAUGUAGGAAUUUUAUGUUGUUUUUAAGCCAGUACAUCAACUAACUAUAAGAUUUGUUCAAUAGAUAUUAUCUUAAAUUAACGCAAUAGGGUGAAUAAGUUUAUGUAAAUAGAAUAUAAAAGGAUUUAUACUGAAA